CGCAUUUAACUUGGAUGACAUUUUUAUUUCAUCAUUAGCAUCAGACGCCUGACUGACUGACACAGUGGACGCGGUUUUACGUUUUGACGCCAGAGAGUCCGGCAUGAGACAUCUCCGCGUUUGCACUUUUUUUUCUCCCCUCCCUCCCCAACACUUUAUUUUAUUAUUUUCCUAACCCAGACGGGCGUUUGUUUUGACGCGCUCGUCGCCGGGUGCGAGGUUUCCCAAGAAGAAUAAAAAAAAAUAAAUAUAGGAGCUCAUCGCAAAGGAAGGAUAUCGACAGCUUGUGAGUCAAGGUGUUUUCGUAUUCUUUUUUUUCUCCUUUUUUUUUUUUUUUUUUAACUGCUGCUGCUGCUGCUUCCGUGGUCCUCCGCGUGCACACCACAGCCACAGCGAUGCCAGAGACCGCGCCAGAGACGUGCGCUCCGGCCAAGGACUCUCCCUUCUUCAUCAAGAACCUGCUGAACUGCGACAGCAAGCCGUCGAAGCCCAAGCCGGUGCUGGCGGCCACCAAGGCGGCCCUGGAGGGGGGGUUCUCCCUCGCCCAGGUCGGGGAGUUCAACUUUCCGCGCUUUGACCUGUCCGCGCAGAGGUUCAACCUGCCGGCGCACUACCUGGAGCGCACCUCGGCGUGGUGGUACCCGUACACCCUGAGCUCCGCCGCGCACCUGCACCGGAGCGAAGUCUCAGAGAAACCGGGAGCGAGAGACUCCUCUCCGACCUCGGGCACGGACAGAGACUCCCCGGACCUGGUGCUCAAAUCCGAGCCCGACGCGAAGGACGACGACGAGGACGACGAGCACAACAACAGCAAGAGCAGCGACGAGAUCAUCCUGGAGGAGAGCGACGCGGAGGAGGCCAAGAAGGACGAGCUGGAGGAGUGGAAGAAGAGGGACGACGACAAGAAGCCGUGCCGCAAGAAGAAGACGCGCACGGUGUUCUCCCGCAGCCAGGUGUUCCAGCUGGAGUCCACCUUCGACAUGAAGCGCUACCUGAGCAGCUCGGAGCGCGCGGGCCUGGCCGCGUCCCUCCACCUGACGGAGACGCAGGUCAAGAUCUGGUUUCAGAACCGCAGGAACAAGUGGAAGCGGCAGCUGGCCGCGGAGCUGGAGGCCGCCAACCUGAGCCACGCCGCGGCGCAGCGGAUAGUGCGGGUGCCCAUCCUCUACCACGAGAACUCGGCCUCGGAGAGCGGCGGCGGCGCGGCGGCCAGCGUGCCCGUGAGCCAGCCGCUGCUCACCUUCCCGCACCCCGGGGUGUACUACUCCCACCCCAUCGUCACGUCGGUGCCGCUGCUCAGACCCGUUUGAGACAGACUGAGGCCUCAUUCAGCUCCGACGACAGUUAAAGCAGAAAAAGAAAAGAAAGAAAGAAAAUGACUUGAUAUUUUUAUACAGCUGAGUGAAUGGGGAAAAAAGAGACUGUCACUGUCAGGCCAACAUAGACCGGUUUUUUUUUUUUUUUUUUGGCAAAACUAUUAUUUCAUUUUCCAUUGCAGGUGCAGUUUACACAUGAUAUUAUUAAAACUAUUAUUAUUAUUAUUAUUAUUAUUAUUAUUAUUAUUAUUAUUAUUAUUAUUAUUAUUGCCACCACCACCUCAGGAGUCCACUGCUUUACACUGCCUGACGUGUGUCUUAUUUUUCACCUAGUUUUCACACCAGAACACAUCUGUGUGAUGUAGAAAAAUAUAUAUUGUUUACAAAAAAAAAAAAAAAAAAUCUGUCCAUCGAAAGACGUAGACUCUUCAUCUGGCACAUUGAUGUUUUUUUUUUUUAAUUUUAUUUCCACUUUCAGAAUGAAUAAUUCCAUGAUGUGCAAUACACUGGCAGUGUGCUGUGAAUGAACGAAUCCACCACGCGGGAGAUGUCUGCUUCUCUGUUCAUGUUGGAACACUGAUGAGGUUUUUUUUCUUGUAAUUAUUAUUAUUCUUUGCGCGCGUGACGGGGGACAAUCAAAACACACUCUGAUCUGUAAAAAUACCCAUGUAGCUUCACCUUUAGUUGGAGCCACCCUGACUUCUUGCUCCCUCCACACGGACACGUCCUUCAAGCACAAGUGUGAGGUCCAAUGUCUCAUUCAUUUGUGUUUUUUUUUUUUUUUGUUUUGUUUUUUGAUCAGGUGAGGCAAAAAUAUCCACUGGUGUACAAAAUAUGUAAAUGUAUAUAUUUAAUGAGGCGCAGGGAGGGGCGACUCCUCACAGCUUCUCCCUUUGUACAAUACAAAAAACAAAACAAAACAAAAACAAACAAAAAAAAAAC